AUGUCGUGGAAGCUGACGAAGAAGCUCAAGGAGACCCAUCUGGGUCCCUUGGCCAACACCUUCUCCCGCUCGCCGUCCACGUCGACCAUCACCGACAGCAGCGACAAGGCCCAGCCCAACAUCUCAGGCUCGGCAACGCCCACAAACGAGGGCACUAUCGUUGCAGCUGCUUCGGAGGCCAUGGCGCAAGCACCAGUCGUCAACCCCCCGAAGCCCGGCAUCCUCGUCGUCACCCUCCACGAGGGCCAGGGCUUCUCCCUCCCCGAACAACACAGACAAGCCUUUGCAUCAUCACACCAAGGUUCGCUGUCCUCUGGCAGCGCCCUUAACGUCGCCGGCUCCGUCCGCCCCUCUUCCUCACAACGAGGAGCUGUCGGCUCCUUCAUCAACGGCGCCGCCCGCCCACAGACUUCUGGUGGUGGCUUCACCGGCAUUCCCACCAACCAUGGCCGUAUUUCCGGCAAGUAUAUGCCCUACGCCCUGCUGGACUUCGACAAGAUGCAGGUCUUUGUCAACUCGGUCGAAGGAACGCCCGAGAACCCCCUCUGGGCCGGAGGAAACACCCAAUACAAGUUCGAUGUGUCUCGCGUGACGGAGCUCGUCAUUCACCUGUACAUGCGCAACCCCAUGGCUCCUCCUGGAUCUGGCCGCAGCCAGGACAUCUUCCUCGGUGUGGACGCCCUCGACACGGCCAACUUCGACCCCGAGUUUACGUCAGAAGCGCCCCAGGACUCGUACGUGGAGGGCCCGAUGCUGUCGCAGACGAUGCAGAACCAGUUCCAGGGCUUCUCUUACAACCGCCCGAUUGCGGGACUGGGCGACGCCGGCGGCAGUGUCAAGGACCCUUCCUUUGUGGGCAGCAUCCAGGACCGAUGA